AUGAGUUUUGCUAGUGAAAUCGAUUUUUCUGCCAUGUCUUUUAAAGAAAUAGAUGAAUACAGCGUAGACGAUGUUCUUACAUACCUAAAAGAUAACAUUAAAGGUUCCCUGGAUGAAGAUGAUCUUGGAAUUCUUAAAAAAAAUAAAAUCGAUGGUGCUGCCUUGCUUCUUCUGACAGAGGAAAAACUAUUACAUCAUCCAUAUAACCUUGCUGGAGGACCUGCCAGUAAAAUCGCAGCUGAGAUUGGAAAAAUAAAUGAUUGUUUCAAAAAACAAACUAUCUACUGCGUUGCUCAUUAUAGAAACCAUAAAAAGAUAUUUCAUUUUAAAACUUCAUUUGUAAAACCUUCGUGGAGUGAUUUACAGAAAAAAAUUAUGAAAGAGAUGGAAGAUUUUGAGGAAGAAAACAUUCGAAUCAAGUCAAAAUCUUUUGAAGAUGAAAUAACUAGUCAAGAUACCUUUGACUCAUUUAUGGAAAGUAUUGAGACAACACAAAGGGAUUACUCUUAUUUCACUACAAUUAAAAAAAUUGCAAAAAUAUUUGGGAUAUCUGCAAAUGAAAUCUCUGAUUUGGAUGAAAUAAAUCUUCCUACUAGAUCAGAUAUCAACAAUUCUGAAAUAAAAGAAGUUAUUAAUGAUACAUUUAAACGUAUAAAGGCCAUUAAAAAAUCAAGCAUUGACAUAUCUCAAGCAAAUGAAAUGGAACGUUCACUAUAUAUUGAAGCUAUUUUGCGUGGUGUUGCAAAUACUUUUCUGGAUAUUAUUUUACAUCUACAGUUCUAUAUUUCUGGCCCUGAAGGGAAAGGACGUGUAGACUUUGCUGCAUCUAAUCUUCAACAAUUAAUUUGUGUAACUGAAGCCAAGCGCUUCCAGAUUGAAGAAGGGAUAUCAAAUAACUUUAUACAACUACAAAGUGCUUGUAAGGAAUCACCUAUAGAAGGAGCAAUAAGAAUUUCUUUAAAAGCUCCCGAUAAAUUUUCCGAAGUAUCACCAACAUAUUGUAAUAAUAAUAAUAGUGUACCAUGUAUUUAUUGGGGAUCUAACGAAAUUCACUAUCCAAGUGAUGGUGCUGGAUUUGCAUUUUUCACUACACGUGUAAACAUUAAUAGACAUUUUCCGCCAGCAAAUUGCAGCUUUCUGAAAAAUUAUGACAAAAGUUGUAUUGUUGAUCCCAGACAAAAACCAGAUAAUGUUCUGGUUCAAUCUAUGUUGGAUAAAUCUUAUAUUGCCGACAUUGAGAAAUAUACGAUUAUGGUCGAACAUUCAAUAAGAGGUAAAAUAACAACAAAAACAUAUCGUAAUGGACUUUUGAAUGGUCAAUUACUUUCUUCAGAUGGUGAAACAGUAAUAAAAUCAUGGACAAACGAAACCAGAACAUUAAAUGAUCCAAGAGCAGAUGGUGAUAUUAUGACAGUUGGCGAAUUGCUUCAAGCUGCUGGAGCAGAUUUAGAAGGAAUAUCAGGAGCGCCUGGAGCUGAUCCUGAUGAAACUUUUAGAAGUGCGGGGAUUGUUAUAGUGAUAAUUAUUGAUUACAAGAAUAAUGUUUUAAAUCCGGAUGAAAUUAAUUAUCAAUAUUUACCACAAGUGAUUGGAGGUAGUAGAUAUAAAACUGUAGAAUCCAUUUACAAUGUGGCAGAUGGAUCUUACAUUAUAAAAAAUAGACACGGCAUCAGAAUCACCUUUAAACAAUAUGGCAAGAUAGGUGAAUUUGAUUUUAUUUCAUUAUUAAUAAAUUUGGUUGCUGCAAUUACAUUAUUUCGUAUCGACAUUCUUGGUCGAAUUCCUUAUGUUGUAUUUAUUACCUGA